AAACACCUAGCUAGACAACCUCUAUGAUCUAGCCUACCAGACCAUCGAACUCUCCAGCCAUGCCCGAACAGAACGAUACCCCAAUUCCGGCAUCUCUGGCUUCCCCACACGCCCUAACAUCUUACCAUACAUUCCACUCCGAUCUACCCCCCUCGAACGUCCCGGAAGGGUAUUACCGGUUCCAUCCACACCUCAAACCAGAGACUUUUCCUGAGACGAAGAUUGUCGGGCUGUUGGCUUGUCAACGGGACCCGUAUUUGAGGGAGUUGAAAGGGGUGGAGAUUGUUCAGGCGAAGAAAGCGGAGGCAGGGAAGAAGGGGAAGGAUGAGAGGAAGAAAAAGUCGAAAUUGAAGGGGGAUGAGAAGAAGGAAGAUGCGGAUGGUGAUGAGAAGGUGGUAGAGGGUGAGGUUUGGGAGGUCGAGUUGAAGGAUACGGUUUUGUUUCCCGAAGGCGGCGGACAACCUAACGACACAGGCACUUUCACUAUCCACCCUUCUUCAACCUCACCCUCCGACUCUAACGCUCUCGAACCCAUCGAGCUGAAAGUGAUCAACGUACAAAGAACAGGACUAUCCGCCGUACAUCAUGUCCUCGUCCCCAAAGAUCUGCAAGCGAAAGUAGGUAGUGGGGAUGUAGGGGAGAUCUUGAAGCCGGGAGCGAGGGUUGAUAUGAAGGUUGAUUGGGAGAGACGGUGGGACCACAUGACCCAACAUACAGCACAACACCUCCUCUCAGCCCUCCUCGAUACGCACUUCUCCCUCCCUACUCUCUCUUGGGCGCUCCCAGCUCAUCCUUCUACCGACCCUUGUUAUGUCGAACUCCCACGAGGGCUCAGUAAGGAGGAGGUGGAGAAGGUGGAAGGGAUGUGUAAUGAGCUUGUUACCCGGGCAUGGGGAGCGAGAGCCGGGUUGGCGGAAGAUGGUGGAAAGGAAGAAGGCGGUGUUAAAGGGGAUACGAGGGUUUGGAUUGAGAGUCGGUUACAGGGCCAGUCGAGUGUCGCUCAGAGUGGGACGGUAACUCCAGCUCGGACGGAUGCGGGGGAGGUUCCCGGAGAUGUGCAAAAGGAGAUGGAAGGUCUUGGGCUCGGUGCCGAGGGGGGUGUGGUGGAGUAUGGGGAUAGGGAGAGUAGGGGGUUGCCUAAGGAUUAUGAGGGGGGUGUAAUUCGAACGGCGGUCAUCGAUGGGAUUGACCGGAGCCUGUGUUGCGGCACCCAUCAACCUUACCUCUCCAAGAUCCAGAUUAUGCACGUCCUCCCGACCACCGCCUCCAAACCAUCCCCCAAACCGACACGCCUGUACAUGGUCGCCGGGGCCCGGGCUCACCGACACCUUCUACAGGCGUCGAAACAGCUGACGACGACUAGUAUCCCGCUGGGAUGUGCGAGGAACGAGGUUGCUAUGCGGGUCGCGCAGCGGGAAGAACAGCGGAAAGAGGCGACCCGGCUCGAGGGACGGUUGAGGGAGGCCUUAGCUAGAGCUGAGGGUAGGGCGAUCAGCUGGAAACAGGACGCAGAGGGGGUCUGGAGGGCCAAGGUCGAACGCAGCGAGGAGAGCACGCAUGAUUUCGAGUUCAUGCAAUUGCUCGCGAAUCAUGCGCAGGAUCACCUCAUCAACGAGAUCGCCACCUCGUCCUCGCCUGCCCAAGGGAAAGGGUCGUCUUCGCCCUCCUUUGUCCUGGUCGUCGUCUCCAAUCCGGAUCCGGUCUGGCUCAACAAGACGCACCAGGCAGGAGGCGCGUUCUUGCAGAUAACGUCGAGCCCACCUGAUCUGGCAAAACAGGCAGGAGACGGCGUGAAACUGGCGUUGGACGGUUUGGGGGUCAAGGGGCGGGUGAAAGGAGGUGGUGCGAAGGGGAAGUUCAUGGGCAAGGUCGCUGGGGGUUGGUCGGCGCGUGAUGCCGAUGCAGCCAAAGGUGUGGUGGGAGAGUGAGGAGGCGGAGCUGUGUAUUGCGUGUGAGUGCGUUUCUUGCUGUAAAACGAGUACUCCUUUCACUCGAGCACGCCUCGUUCAGUCGUCUUCCAUCCGCAUAUAAGAUGAA